AGAUUACUUGCCGAAAUUAUCUAGAAUCGUAAUCUAAUGGUCAAUAAUCGUCAAAUUAAAGAAAUAGGUAAAAAUUCUAAUAUAACAUGAAUAUUUAUACCCCUAUUUCCAAGUGAUAUACAAAGAAAAAGAUUAUGAAGAAUUUGCCUGGUUUAUUUCUAAAGAAAGUAACAAGUCAUACCUUCUUAGAAAAUUUCAAACGCAAAUUCUCUUUAUUUAGUUCGUUAACUAGAGGGAAGGCUUAGUAUGGACUGAGAAUUCAUACGUAAUUAUACCAACUUCCCGCAAGUACAUUAUUAAAAAUUCAAGCGACAAGAUUAUGUUAACUUCUAUUGUAACCAUGCUAAUAGCUGGCUUCAGUUUUGCAAAUAGCGUUGAAAUUAUUAAGGGACAUCGAAACUUGACAGAAUAUUAUAUAGGAGAUACAAACUUGAUUAUAUCAGUACCUCACAACGGUCUUAGUUCUCCAGAUGACAUUCCAGAUAGGAAAAAUGGGUGUAAGGAUAAUACUGGAAAAUGUAUAUGGAAACACAAUUGUACAACUCCAUCAACGAGUUGUAAGCCUACUACGGUUACGGAUUCUCAUACAAGAAAGCUAGCUAUGCUUUUGUAUGAGUCGUAUAAAAAUGAAACCAAAAGGAGUCCUCAUAUGAUCAUUAGCAACUUGAGAAGAGCAAAAAUGGAUCCCAAUCGAAAUAGACAAGAGGGUGCAUACGAUAAUACGGAAGCACUAAGAGUAUAUGAUGACUAUCAUGGCUUUAUAAAUCAAGCAAAGAAUUCUAUAAACAGUUUUGGUCUCUUGUUAGAUAUUCAUGGCCAAAGCCAUGCUGAAUUAUGGAUUGAAUUGGGCUACUUAUUCAGCAGAGAAAUGUUAAAUACCAAUGAUACAAAUCCGGAAACAUCUUCAAUAUUUUCCUUGAGCAAAAGAUUCAAGAAUGUAACUUUUGAGAAUUUACUCAGAGGAUCGGAAAGUUAUGGUAAGCUUUUGGAUGAUUUAUCUUACAAAACUGUUCCGUCUCCUUCCUACUGGAGUCCUGGAAAUGGAAGAUAUUUUCGUGGAGGAUAUAUAACUCAAACUUAUGGUUCGAGAAAUGAAGGUGAAAUUGAUGCUAUUCAAAUUGAAAGUCCAAGAAAUUUAAGAUUUACGCCGGCAUUAAGAAAUAAAUAUGGUAAAGAUUUGGGGACAAUUACAGCACAGUUUAUGGACAAAUAUUACAAAAGACAAGAUUCAACAGACCCUACAAGUGGUAUGAAUGGUCUCAACAAUGCAAGAAAUACUAUAUCACUUUAUUUAUGCCUUUUAAUUUCUGUAUGUUUAGCAAAUUUCUAA